GGGAUCCCAAAUUGGCUGAAGAAAGGGAGGCAUUAUUUUAUUCUUCUGCAGGGAAAUAUUUGUGUUUCCCUCUUAUUUCAGAAACAACUAUGAAGAGCACUUGUUAUAUGAUUGGGAUACUCUUACUGAUCUUACAAAACACCUAUCAAAGUCCUGUGCCAGAAGCAGAUGGCAGCUCCAGAUCAGUCAAAGCUGCAAGAAAUGAAGCGGUAGAUGAUUCAGAACAGCUCAAGGAAGUUAAACGUCACUCACAAGGCACAUUUACAAGUGAUUACAGCAAGUACUUAGACUCCAGACGGGCUCAAGACUUUGUCCAGUGGUUAAUGAACACAAAACGAAGCGGAGGACUAUCAAGACGCAAUGCUGACUAUGAGAGGCAUGCGGAAGGUACAUUCACCAGUGAUGUGACUCAGCACUUGGAUGAAAAAGCAGCCAAAGAAUUUAUUGACUGGCUAAUAAAUGGGGGGCCCACAAAAGAAAUCAUUUCAAGGCGCAAUGCAGAAAUAGAGAGACACGCUGAAGGCACAUACACUAAUGAUGUAACUGAGUAUUUGGAAGAAAAAGCAACAAAAGCAUUUAUUGAGUGGUUGAUAAAAGGAAAACCAAAGAAAAUAAGAUAUUCCAGACAUGCAGAGGGAACAUUCACCAACGACAUGACCAACUACCUGGAAGAGAAGGCAGCCAAAGAAUUUGUUGGCUGGCUAAUAAAUGGAAGACCAAAAAGAAAUUUCUCUGAGGGGCACAGCGUGGAGGAAAUGGACAGAAGACAUGCCGAUGGCAGUUUUACCAAUGAUAUCAACAAAGUCCUAGAUAUUAUUGCUGCACAGGAAUUCUUAGAUUGGAUAAUUAACAUCCAGGUUACUGAAAGGGACCUGCUUGAGGAACACUAGAAUAAAAGAAAACAAAAACAUAAAGGAUAUGUGUUCAACAAUAAAUAUCCUGGCCGUCACUUGGAAAUGUUGAAUUUGUGUUCUGUAGAAUUCCAGAAGGUGCAUGGAGCCAUAAAGUCCAGCUUUACAUGCAAAAUACAUGAAAUUGGCAAGAGUAUCUUCUUUCGUAGGAGAGUACACAAACAGCAGUUAUCUUCCGAUACAUAUUUAACACAACAGAUUUAACGGUUUCAGUAAUGACCGGAUUUGCGUUGUUGAACAAUGCAUUGUGAGUCUUAUCUGAGCACGUAGGGCUUAAAUCCAAAAGUGCCAUUUCUGUGCCCAAAUAUUUGAAGUAAGAUAAAGAACUAUACACUAAAAAGAAAUAGGACUUGUUUGAAUUAAAAUAACUUAUUUUUCUAUGAAGUUGAAUUGUACAUAGAAUUUACUUCAAUCAGUGAUGCCAGAUAAAAUAAAAGCAAAAAUAAUGUAUUACCCAUAUUUCAAAGAUUUAUUAUGGAAAAUGCAAAGCUUUCAGUAUAUUAACCUGUAGCCUUAAAUAAAGUUUUUCAAGCUUCA